AUGGAAACUGUAGGGCCAUGUCCACAGCCUAAUAGGCAAACUAUUGAGCUAUCUGGCCUUGACAGGCUAUCACCAGCAAUUCUCUAUACUAUCUUCUUCUAUGAGUAUCAUUUUAGCACCGAGUCAUAUUCUGAGGCAGAAGUUGUUGUUGAGAGAGCCAAGAAAGCUCUGGAGAAGGUACUCAUUUCAUGGUUUCCGACUGCUGGAAGGUUUAGAAUCAACAAAACGACAGGAAAGCUCGAGAUCGACUGCAACAACGAAGGAGUCACCAUGAUAACUGCAGCAACCAAUUCCAAGCUUGAGGAGCUCGGUAGGUUAAACGAAUACAAGCCAUGCUAUGAAAAGCUGGUUUCGCAGCUUCCUAAAGCUGAUGAUAUUUCAAAAAUUCCACUAGUUGUUGUGCAGAUAACAAAGUUUGCUUGUGUAGGGAUUUUGGUCGGUUUUGGUAGUAGCCAUGCUUUGUUUGAUGGUCAAGGAGCAUUCAACUUUCUUGCAUCUUGGUCUCAUAAAUCAAGUGGAAAAGAUGCAUCAGAUCUUCCUUUACCCAACCAUUCAAGGAAUCCUAUCUAUUUAUCUGAUUCAAGCUCUACAUCUGAUUCAAGCUCUACAUCUGCUUCAAUAUAUGAACAAGACCAUAUAGUGCCAUUCAAGAUCUAUACACCAUACCUAUGCAAGCCAUGGCAUCUGAUGAUAGAUGUUGGGAAAGUGCUCUUGCAAAAUUCAGCCAAAUUGAUCGAAAAGGCAGACUCAAACUCCUUACUGUGUGCAUUAGGAAGGAAGUUGUCGAGACAUGGAAUGGACUAG